AUGGAGUUGUCACUCCGCGCAGCGGGUUUUCCAGCUGGCCACGUUUAUGGAGGCCCUUCGCGUUCGUACGGCGCCCCGGGCCGCCGCGGAGACGAGAGAUUUGCGUCAUCGGCUGCUGUCACCGUGAUUGCGGCCUUGCAUGCGCAUCGCUGCCAUGCCAGGCGGCAUCGACAGCUGCUCGCCGCGCGAAAGGCGCAGGACUUCGAGCGGGCUGCAGGUGCUGAUGUGGGGAAGGCUGAAAGUUACAACUGCGGGGCUGCGAGCGUUGGCGGCUACGACCCAGAUCGCCACAAGGUGAACCAGGAUGCCUGCUACGUCGAAGAGUUGCCAGAUGGCCGGCUCCAGGCAGCCGUCAUCGAUGGCCACGGCAAGAAAGGCCACGUUGUCUCUGGUGCUUUGAAGGAGCUUCUCCCGCCCUUGGUGGUGGAGCAGCUAGCAACCGAGGAUGCAGCGACCAGCCUGGUUCGAGCCUUCGAAGCAAGCGACGCUGCGCUUCGUACCGCUGGUAACGUGUGGGAACCCAAGCGCGCACUUCAGGUGCUGCUGCUGUUGCGGCGAUAG